CUGUGGUCUCCUGGAGAAGAAGAUACUGGCCAACCUCCACCGUCUGCAGGCCACCACCUGCACGUGACUGGUGCAGGUAGCGGCACGUGCUACCACCGUCGAUGCAUUCCAGAGUUUGUAUUGGAGAAUGUUGUUGUAUUGAUAACAAUGUCCCGCCGUACUGUGGGCGCUAUCACCGACGAGGUGGACAUGGCCGGGGCACGUUUGGCUGAAUGUCUGGAAGCAAUGUUGCCGAACCAUCCUGAUGAUCAACAGCCACUCAGUAACAUCGCCUUCUUCUACACGGAACAGAACAUGCAUAAUGUUCAAAGAACAUCCACACAGACUUCAGGUAGAUAA